AUGAGUUUUGAGUUUGAAAAAGAACGUUUACCUGGCAAAUUGCAAUGGAAACACAUAAUAAGCAUAAAACUGAAGCCUUUCUUAUGUUUUUUAAAAUCAGUUCUAAUCUAUUAUAUCUUAUUAACUAACUUUCUAGAACCCUAUAAGUGGUUGCACAAUAUCUUUGUGACCAUAAUUAACGGUGUAAAUUCUGUGCUGCAGAUUAGCGAAAACGAUCCUGGCUUAUCACUGCUGCUAGUGCAUUUGAAUGCUAAUAUCAAGGCGGUCUUCAAUGACCCACGUUCGAUGUUUGUAACAACAACUGUGCGCGAGUAUCUUUUCGAUGGUGUGCGGUUUUGCAUAAAUCCGAAUGGUAUAGCUAAGGCCAUUUGCAAUCAAAUCAAGGAGAGCGGCUCAAAGACUAUACGUGAGUUGAACGAUGGCAGUUUGGCGUUUUCAUUUUUUAAUCACAAAAAUGGUUCUGGACAUGAUGUAUAUGAGGUACAUACGGGCAAAGGUGAUGCAAGUCGCGUGCUUGAAAUACAAAAACUGGAUGAUUCACAUAAUUUACAGGUGUGGUUGAAUAAUACUGAUGGUGAAACGUCGAUGUGUAAUCAAAUCAACGGCACCGAUGCAUCUUCGUAUCCUCCUUUUCGUCAACGUGGUGAUUCAAUGUAUAUUUUCAGUGCAGAUAUAUGUCGCUCCGUUCAGCUAUUCUAUCAAUCUGAUAUACAAUAUCAAGGUAUACCUGGUUUUCGUUAUUCGAUUGGCGAGAAUUUCAUAAAUGAUAUUGGCCCAGAACAUGAUAAUGAGUGCUUUUGUGUUGAUAAGCUCGCAAAUGUAAUAAAACGAAAGAAUGGUUGCCUAUACGCAGGAGCAUUAGAUCUCACAACUUGUUUAGGUGAGUAG